UUGUGUUUUUGUUUUUUUUAACUGUUUCCUUCAUUAUCUCUUCCGUUUUUUGUGCUUUGCUUCAAUCAAUGGCAAUGGCAGCUAUGAAACUCUUCGUCACUCUUAUCUUCUUACUAUGUCUUGUCUCUCCACUCACUUCAGCUGAAUCCACCGAUUUCCAGUAUUGCAAUAAAAAGGCCAAUUAUGAUGUUAAGGUCAGUCAAAUAAAUAUAACACCCUAUCCUGUUAAGGGAGGUAGAACAACAACAUUCAGUAUUAUUGCAGACACAGGUAAGAAUCUCACUGGAGGAAAGCUGGUGAUUGAUGUCAACUAUUUGUUCUUUCAUGUCCACCAAGAGACCAUCGAUCUUUGUAAAGAGACAUCUUGCCCAGCAUCCGGUGAUUUCGUCAUUUCCCACUCACAAGAGUUGCCUGGAUUUACUCCACCUGGAUCAUACACUCUGACAAUGAAGAUGAUGGAUGAAAAGAAUAAGCAACUGUCAUGCAUAACUUUUAGCUUCAGCAUCAGUUUGUUUGACGAAUCGCAGGCCUUAUCAGCAUCUAGCUAGGUGGUCCGAGAACCUAGUGACAAAUAAUGGUUCUGUUCUCCAGAACUGUUUCUGCUUAAUGUGUAGUACUUGUAUUUUGUGAAGUAUUAUGUGUUCUGUGGCUUUUUCUUGUACCUCUUAAUUAGUACUGGUUUACUCAGAAACUCAAGAGAACUGUGUUUCUUUGUCCC